GUGUACCUAUGAUGAAAAUUAGAGGCCUCUCUCAUCUCUAAGUGGGAGAACUUGCACAAUUGGUGGCUGACUAAAUACUUUUUUGCCCCACUGUAUGUGAGCCUAGGGAAUUUAUUUGCUAGCCCAAUGGCCAAUGAUUGCACACAGAGGUGUGGUUUACAUUUGCAUCAGCCUGUCCUUGAAAUUGACAGACACCCCCCCCCCCCACCCCCCUUAUCUUUCCCUAAAGUUGUGAGAACCUGUGAUGGUCACAUCCUUACGGAGUGUGUUUCUCGGUAUGAUUAACUAGCUUCCUUUCAUAAAUGGCCCCUGAUCUGGCAGGACAAAGCAAUAGGGUAGAAAUCCAUCCACAACUUUUAUCCAUCACCGAGGAGAAAGAAAAGGACACGAGGGCAUGAAGCUAUAAUGGGCAGUAAUAUAUAUUGAUAAUAUGUAUUAUGUGAAUAUACAGUACUCAGCACACGCGAGUAAGCAAUUAGCCUAUUAAAAUGUUUAUCCGACUCCAUAAAGAUAAUGAAUAUAAAGAUAUACAAGCAAGCAUUAGGGCAAUAUUUUCCAAGCAUAUAGAUCCCAAGGUGAACUUGCAGGACAACGCGUGAACAAAGAAAGGCUUACUAAAGCCAGAGACCUAGAAGUCUAGGAAAGGAGAAUUGAUCAUGCAACCUUCCUCCAUGGACUGGAUACAGGACAAGAGAGAGAACAAAGGCAUUUCAUUCUAUUUAUAACAUCUGAAGGUGUAACCUUUCAACCCAAAACCAACCACCAUUGACCAAUCAAACGAUAAGUUGAGAGUGGCCGAUCUCCACGGGGUGUCACCGCAUUUAGGGUGGUGCUUAAAUUGGGGCAAUGAUUUCAAGUGGAACAUUUUCUGAAGGGGUGGGAGCCUUUAGCCGAGAGUUUCUUUUUUUUAAGGGGGUGGAGAUUUCUCUAGUCUUAUAGUAUCUGUUCUCAUACAUCUCCCCAAGAACCUAAUCGAGCAUCUGACGCAAUUACGCAAGAUUUGAGGUCUGGGUUUCAGAGAGUAGGGUUGGGUGUAGGCGAUCGCUAGCACACUGCAGCAACAUUGUGUAGCCCGAGGUUGUGUGUUAUUAAGGACCAUGAAGCAUUAGUAAAACAUGAAGGCAGUACGUCAGUACGUCUCAAGGGUAGAGGAAAUUAUGCAAAUGGCCUGUUUCUCAGAAUGACACAUCAUUAUUGUACGUUAAUAUAUUCUAGAUCAAAUGCAUUGUAUUGGCACCACUGAAACAGAUUUAUUUUUUUUCCCCAAGAUCACAACCCUGGCGAGAGAAUGUCAUGAAGGGCCAGACCCCCCCCCGGAGCAGUUCACUGCCAUCAAGCUGUCAGACUCUAGGGUAGCCCUGAAGUCUGGCUACGGGAAGUAUCUAGGGAUCACCUCAGAGGGGGUCGUGGUGGGACGUUCCGACGCCAUCGGCUCCCGCGAACAGUGGGAGCCUGUUUUCCAGGACGGAAAAAUGGCUCUCAUGGCAGCAAAUAGCUGUUUCAUCUCGUACAGUGAAUGUGGGGACAUUGAGGCCAAGGGCAAGUUGGCGGGGGAUGACGAGAUGGUUAAGAUCCGGUCAUGCGCGGAGAGGGAGGUCAAGCGAAACGACGACAUUGCCGACGAGGACAGGGGCAACGUGAAGAACUGCGAGCUCAACUACGUAAAGAAGUUCCAGAGUUUCCAGGACAGGUGGCUGAGGGUGAACGAGGAGGACACAGCAACACGCUGAAGAUGGCCCGGAAAGACGGGAAGUUCCACGAAGAGUUGUUAGACAGGAGAGCCAAGAUGAAAGCAGACCGAUACUGCAAGUGAAGAUACAAGAAUUGAUGGAUUGUCCACUCGUCUUUGAAUUUCUUAUGUUAAAAUCAAAAAGGCUCUUUUUUAAAAUUAGUUUUAUUGUUUGACUGGAAUUGAUGAAUCUGUUUUGAUGGAACUUUUUAUCAUGAAUACAUUUUAUUUGGUUAAGAGAAAGUAAAACUGUGUGAUUGUCAUUUCAAUCCCUCAACCCCUUCCCUAGCAGGCUCCUCAGAAGACUGAAUAGCUUGUUUCACUGAGUUUCCCAUCUCAGAUAAUAAACAGCAGUAGUGGUUAUGGUGAACUGGAUUGUAUUUGAGAGAUUACCCAGUGACCAAUUUCCCUGUAAAUCAUUGCUAACAUGCCUACCACCACUAUCUGUGUUUUGCCCUAAAAAACAGCAGAUCAGUAGAUCUGUUAGAUGUUUGGGACAGUCCAUUGAUCUUUGUGUAUUAGGCAAUACUGUAGGGAGAGUGGGGUAAGUUUAUUUUAUUGUUUUGCUUUCAGCAUCACUACAUCAAGGGAAAUAUAGUAUUCUUUCUAACAAAGAUAUCUACAUAUAUUUCAGGAUGUUGUGUAUCCCUGGAAAUAAUCAGAAUUCAUGUUUU